AUGGCCAAUUUUGAGGACCUGGUGUCAGACGAGGAAAAGGUAGGCAUAGCUGCUAAGUUUAUCACCCAUACACCCCCAGGAAAGUUUAAUGAAGUAUUCAAUGAUGUCUGGCUACUACUUAAUGACAAUCUCCUCAAGGAAGGGGCAGCACAUGCAUUUGCCCAGUAUAACAUGGAUCAGUUCACACCUGUGAAGAUAGAAGGAUAUGAAGAUCAGGUCCUAAUCACUGAGCAUGGUGACCUGGGCAGUAGCAGAUUUUUAGAUCCAAGAAACAAAAUUUCCUUUAAGUUUGAUCACUUAUGGAAAGACACGAGUGACCCCCAACCAGAGGAUGUAGAUGGAGGUUUGAAGUCAUGGAGAGAAUCCUGUGACAGCGCUUUAAAAGCUUAUAUGAAAGAUCAUUAUUCCAAUGGCUUCUGUACUGUUUAUGCUAAAACUAUAAAUGGGCAACAGACAAUUAUUGCAUGUAUUGAAAGCCACCAGUUUCAGCCUAAAAACUUCUGGAAUGGUUGUUGGAGAUCAGAGUGGAAGUUCAUCAUCACACCUCCAUCCAGCAAUGUGGUUGGAGUGCUUAAGAUUCAGGUUCAUUAUUAUGAGGAUGGAGAUGUUCAGUUGGUUAGUCAUAAAGAUAUGCAAGAUUCGAUCCCCAUUUCUACAGCAAUUAGUGAAAACUAUCAAAUGAUGUCAGACACCACGUUAAGGCAGCUUCCAGUUCCUCGCAACAAAAUCUACUGGAACAAGAUUCUCAGCUACAAGACUGGCAAGGAAAUGCAAAAUGCUUAA